GAGGCACCUCACCUUCACACACACACACACACAUAACUUGAACCUCCACCCCUCCCUCAUCUCUCAAGCCUCAACCGCUUUCCGAACUCCUCCAUCUCUUGCUCCUUUCCCUUCCACAUUACCCAGUUCACACUCGGUAGUAUUCCCCUCCCGACCUACAACCACCAACUCCCAUAAACAACCCCCUCUUUACUCACACUCCGACAAAAUGGGAGAGUCUCGACAAGAACUCCUGAACUGGCUCAACUCUCUGUUGCAGCUCAACAUAACGCGUGUCGAACAAUGCGGAACCGGUGCGGCUUUCUGCCAGGUCCUCGACUCGAUCUACGGAGAUGUACCAAUGCACAAGGUCAAAUUCAAUGCUCGUUCAGAAUAUGAAUACAUCAACAACCUCAAGGUCCUCACCGUAUACUUCGCCCAGAAGAACAUCGACAGGCCCAUCCACAUCGAGAGACUCGUCAAGUGCAAGAUGCAGGACAACCUGGAGUUCUUGCAGUGGACGAAGCGAUUCUGGGAUCAGAACUAUCCCGGUGGCGACUACGAUGCUCUUGCCCGCAGAAAGGGAGCGCCUGCCGUGAUCGGAGGAACCCCCAAGGAGCCCAUCCGCAGCAACGUCGGUGCGAACGCUGCGAAGAGAGGAACUACCCCUACCGUCGGUGGUGCUGCUAGAACCAGAACACCUCUUGGUGGUGGUGGCGGAUCCGCCCACCUGCAGCAGGAGAAUGCGCAGCUGAAGGAGAGCGUCGCUGGCUUGGAGAAGGAGAGGGAUUUCUACUUCAGCAAGCUGCGUGACAUCGAGUUGUUGGUCCAGAGGGCAGUGGAGGAUCAGCCAGAGCUGGAGCAGGACGAGGAUGGUUUGGUUCCUUCGAUCCAGGCGAUCCUGUAUUCCACCGAGGAAGGGUUCGUGAUACCCGAUACAGCGGAAGAGGACUUGGAGACGUUUUAGAUGGCUUCCACGAUGCGACGCGGGGGGUUCCCUCAGGAGAGAGUUUGCGAGUUGUAUGAAGGCUUUUCUUUUCCCAAAAUGUUGGAGUGCGGGGGGGCGGGGGUCGUUGAGUGUCUCAUAGCACAGUGGCCUGUAGGGUUGCUUUUCGCGUGUGUUCUUCUACCUACCAAGCCAGCUAUCCAUCCGGGGGUUUGUUUCUCUCUAUCUCUCCCUCUCACCUUUCUUUUUAUGUCCCUUGGUUCCUUAACUUAUUUUAAAGCUCCCCUUCUUCUUCUCAUGAGCGCUAUAGGGUAAAGUUGGUUGUUACUGUACGUGCGAAGUGCUUUUGUUGUGUUGAUGGCCCACCGAGGCACCGUUAUGAGCCUUUUUCUCGAGCAGGGAGGAACAUCCUUCCCGUGUUUAGAUAUGAUCUUGUAAUGCAUAGACUACUUUAUUCGGCCUCCUCAUUUCUCCUCUGAAUAAUACUUCUUUCCCGU